AUGCUUAAGGGUUUGUCGGCUGAUGCUUCUCAUGAUGUUACUGCAGAGGUAAGUGUUUUCUUUGUUAUUUUUUUAAUUUUUAGGUAUGAAGGAAACUUGGUUAAAAUAGAAGUAUAAAUUUUUUAAAGAAUUUGAUAAUUUUUGAAAUUUUAAAGCACAUUUGUUUAUUGUUUACAUUUUUUUAAUAUAUAUAAUGUACAUUAUAAACUUUAGGGAACGACAAAAGAAUCAGAACUAUCAUCUUCUAUACAAGAAUUAGACGUUUGUUCGGACUCUGAAAUAUCGGAUUAUUUUGUGGAUGAAGAAGAUUUAGAACAGCGAAAACGUGUCGAAUUCAACGUACCACCCCCUAUAAUUUGUAAAGAGACUGCUGUUGUACUAAAGAGAAAGUUACAGAAAUUUAAAGAACAAAAACUAGGUGAAGAAGAUGAUAUACCAAAGAAACGCCAGAAAGUUAACAUUGAAGUUGAAGAAGUCGUCACAGAAAAUCACAGUGUAUUAGGUGGAAAUGAUAUUGAAUUAUCUCCAAAUUUUAUUCAGGAUGAUAUAGAUCAACAAUUGAUUAUUGAUGAAGAUUUGUUAAAAAAUGAAGUCAAUGUUUCAUUAUCUCCUCCGCCAGCACAAGCAUACGCUGAUGAGUCUUCCGAUUCUGUAGUAAUGUUAAGCGAUUCUGAUCAGGACGAAAAUUCAAAGGAAGGAAGCGCAAAUUUAGAAUUGGGUUUGCAGAAUAUUAAGAAUGAGAAUGAUGGAGAAAUAGACGUUAAACCUAUUCAACCACCACAACUCAAUGAUGCUGCUCAGGGUGAUCAACAACAUAUCAUGGUUUUUGGCGAUGAAGAUGCUGAAUAUAAGGAUGAAAAGGGUGGCUAUGAAGAUGAAGAUCUGGAUGUUCAAAGGCGGAAGCAUAGAAGAUUUUACGAACAGGAUUCUGGCGACGAGAACGAACGGCAAGAUGACGAACAAGAAGAAGAUGACGAGGUAGAUGAUGAACAAUCCGUUGAUGAUGAUCAAAAACAUAAUGAAGAGGUAGAUGAUGAACAAUCAUUUGAUGAUGAAGAAGAACUUGAGUAUAAGCAAAAAGAGAAUGAAGAGGUAGACGACGAACAAUCAGUUGAUGAUGAACAACCAGUUGAUGACGAAGAAGAAAUUGAUGAAGACGUAUAUGAUGAGGAAGAUGAUGAUGUCGAUGAAGAACAUGGCAGUCGACCUUUACCAACUCACGAUUCGGAUUCAGAUUCCGAUAUUAUCUGCUUGGACUAA